CACGAUUGUAUAUUUUGGAAUAUGGGUACUCCCUCAGAGACAUAUAUUGCCUACUUUACAGCCUGUUGGCCAUGAGUGAGCUGCCACUCCAGGGGUCCAGGGGGCUAGGUUAUAAGGCCGCGGGACACUCCGGACGAUAUGCCACCCCAUUUCGGGUCAUAAGCUGCGAAGCUCUUCUGUUCGUUGGAUGUGCGAACCAAAGCGGACUCAGACCAUAAACAGCAAGACUCCCAAUCACAUCCAGCUCUACGGCUAAUACCCAACUUAUUCCCACAGGACCCUGCUGAGGCGGUGUAUUUUAUAUACUCAGAGUCCGCAGGUAUAAGUAUGCCGUCUGCCAAGUAACUUGGCCCUUCGGAUUCCAAAGUCAGCUUACUUCACUUGCUCUACCAGCGCCUUUCCUUUUUUAUACUAGGGAUCUCAGCCAUAGUCCUCGCCCAUGGACAGUGCACACAGGGCAUCUGCCAUUGCGCAGAUUGUCUUUUACGCACCGACUGUCCCGGCGACUUUGUACGUGGGCAUCCGAGCCUGGAAGUAUGGACCACGCCUGGCGUGGUAUCCUGCCAUGGCAUUUGCAUGUGCCCGACUUACUGGCGGCGCUCUUGUUCUCGCGAGCCAACACGACCCCGAAAAUACCCACCUACUUACCGCUACUAUCGUCCUGCUCAACAUCGGUCUUGUCCCGCUUAUUAUGCCAUUUCACGCCUUGACUCGUAUCGUAGUACAAGCAAGCUUCCCAGGCGAUCGGAGAAAGAACAUGUUCCUUAGAGUUACUAGAUUCCUGCUUUUUGCCUCUGUUUUACUCCUAUCUGUUUCUGGGGGCUUAUAUGGCAACCCGGAUCGCUCUAAGGUGCAGUCAACACUAUCCAGGGUUGCAUAUUUCGAAUUUGCCUUUGUUCUCGUAGCACUAUUUGGCAUGGCUGCUUGGCUAUACUUUGUGGCCCGAGACAAGAUUCAGGACGGUCAAGUCAUUUAUAUCAAGUGGCUGCUUAUUGCUUCUCCAAUUCUCUGCAUCCGUACCGUAUUCGGGAUUAUCAGUGUGUUUGAGGCCACGGGCAAACACUUCCUUACUUCGAUAUGGAGUCCGAUGUUUGGUAACGCGGUUCUCUUCUCGCUCAUGGCCCUUGUGCCCGAAUUCAUCGUACUUUGUAUUUUUGUCUACCUCGGACAUUAUCGUUACAGCACGGCUGACCAGUAUGGGUUGGUUCCGCGGAAGGGGUUGUUCGAGAGGAGCGGCAAGAAGGAUGAGGGAGAGCAAACGAGCGAUUCAGUCAAGAUGACAUGAUUAUGCCAGAAUUCUAGAGCAGGGCUGGAUUUUUAGGAGACGAUAAAUUAUUUUUAUUCUGAAG